UGUUAUUGGAGUGUGAACACCUGCGGAUUGGUUAACCUGAUCAUCAUUCGUCAAAUCUCCUUGGCGCCCGCCCGCCUUAUCCUUUCCACGCCACUUCCUUCUACACCCCCAACCAGAAAAACCGUCCCCUCCAGCUCUCAGCCAUGUAAACCCCCAACGAUGCAAGAAUCUCUGCACUUCUCCAUCCCCAAUGCAAGAAUCCCUGCAUUUCUCCAUCUCCAAUGCCUUCCCUUCCCUCCCCAAACCCCAUUACCCCUUCCCUCACCUCCAUUUUCAUCCACUUUCUCGCCCCAGAAUCCUCCACUUUCCCAUCUCCUCCUCCACCAAAACCUCCAUUUCUCUCCCCCCAAGCAUCCCCAAAACAGCCCCAGAAAUCAUCCCCUCAAACCACCCACCACCAUCCCUCUCCACAAGCCCCAACUCUGAAUUCCAAGAGAAAAUGCUGUACCUGGAAUCCAUCGGCAUUGACAUCUUCCGCCUCGUCGCCGAGCACCCUCCGAUCGUCUCCGCGUCCCUUGUGGACAUCAAAUCCACCGUCGACUUCAUGACAUCCAUGGAUUUCACCGCCGUCGAGUUCCGCCGAAUCGUCGGCAUGUGCCCGGAGGUUCUGAAUUGCAAGGCGUCCGAUAUCGUCCCCGUCUUUACCUUCCUCCUCCGCGAAGCCCGCGUCGAGGGCUCUAAUGUCCGUCGGGUUAUAAACCGACGGCCCAGAUUGCUCAUUUGCAGCGUCGAGAGGCGGCUCCGGCCCACCUUAUACUUUCUCCAAAGCAUCGGCAUCUCAGAGGAGAUCUGGUUAUCCAAAAACGGAUAUUUAGUUGGAAUUACUUUUCAGUCCUUGAAGAAGAGCAAAAGAAGUGUGAGGGAAAGUGCAUGAGAUGCUGGAGACAGAAGAGUAUUUUGCCAUAAAGCAGCAAAUUAGUAUUGGGUGUAAAUUGCCAACUCUGGCUGUUUGUGUCUGUCCCACUUUUGGCAAUUUUAUGUUAUUUAAGAACAGCCAAAAAAAGAAAAGAAAAGAAAAGAAAAGGGGUGUCGGGUUCUUGCUUUUGCCCCACUUGCCUCCUCCUCCUCCAACCCCCCCCCCCCCCAAAAAAAAAAAAAUCAUUGCAUUAGCAAUAAACAUCCAUACUGUUAGGUAAUGAACAUGACAGUAUAGUGUCAUUAACAAUUUGGGUGGCGAGGGUUACUUUCUACCGUUAAAUUCUUUCACUGCAGCUGGAUAUGUGGCUAGCUGGCUGCCUAGGGGAUGUUUUGUGUUUAUUAUUAUUAUUAUUUGAAAGUGAAUGUAUAUUUUACGUAAAUGUACCAAGUUUUGAAGUCUCAUACUAGAGUUUGAGAAGGGCUCACAUACA